AUGACUACAAUGGAUUCUGAUUCGGAGAGUCAGGACAGUGAUGAUGGACGACGAUUUCGUUUUGAAGCUACUCGUAAAGAUAACGUGCAGUUAGAUACAAAAUUAGGAAAACUAUCGAGAUCGAAAUCGCAACACGAGUCUGGCUCUAAUGACACAGAGAAUAAAGAUAAGAAAGACAAAUCUAAACGUCACUGUAACAAAGGAGAACACAAAUUUUCAAAAGAACUCGACACCGAUAACGACUUCAAACACUGUACUAAGCAUUCGAAAUAUUCUGUCGAGUCGAAAAACUCGAAACACGAAGACGAUGAUGACUAUAAAAAUGUAAGAGAUGCUGGUUCGGAUACUAAGAAUACUACGUUAUCGUCAAAACAUAAAACGAAAUAUCCAGAACGGCAUAAAAAUAGAAGCCGAAACGAGCAUCGAAGCAACAAGUCUCAAGAACGAUGUCGUAGUCGAAACGAAAACGACAAGUAUAGAAAUAAAUCUCACGAAAAGUAUAAGCAUUCUAUUCGCGACAGAAACCGUGACAAGAAUUAUCAGUCGUACAAAACGAGAUCAGACGAGCACGGUAAGUUUCGAGGAGAAUCUGAAAGGCAUAACGCACACAAAAAGAUGCUGGCUAAAGAAGAUGAAGGGCAAUGCUUGGAAGAAUAUUCUUCACCAAAAAAUGUAGAACAAGGUCACAAUGAUAAUGAAUCACCAACGAAGAGAGAUCUUUCAGUGGAGAAUCAAGAAUAUAAGGAUGAAUUAAAUUUAUCCGAAUUUGACAUCUUGUCGGAGACGGAUGAAAAUACAUCCGAUUGUUCCGAUGUAAAGGAUAAAAAUUCACUAUCACGACAACGUAAUAAGAAAUCGAAAAAAAGAAAUUUUAACAAUGAAUGCGAUAAUUUACCAAAAAAGCAGGCGAAACAAAUCGAGCCCAUGGAAGGAUCGCUAAAGGUAAAUGCAAGGAAGAAUAAUAUGUUGUAUGGUUCCAGUAAUAAUAAUUCUGGUACCAUUUCAGAUUCCUCAUUAGGUACUACAUCGCCUAUACUGACAGAAUCGAGGAAAAACAUAGUUGAUUUAAAUAGUAAGGAGGAGAGUUUGAAUUUUACUGAACAAACUUCCUUGCAUCCUGAUAAUUACGACUCUGUAAAAGCAACAGAUGUUCAUUCAUCUGAGACGUGCGUUGAGAAAUGUACAACCUACGGGCCGGCCUUGCCGCCGCAAUUAACAGUUGAUUCUUCCAUUAGCAUGGAAUCAAAUGAAGAUGUACAUUUUAUAGGACCUUGUUUAUCAAAGAAUGACGCACAGGAUACAAGUGCAAGAACCGAGAAAAGCACACUACACAGCAUUAAUCAAGAUUGCAACACAAUGCAAAGCGAUACGGAUGUUGUUUUUGGUCCAGCAUUACCACCGCAUUUAUUGAAGCAAAAAUAUAAUAACGAAACAAAUGCAAAAAUCAUAGGCCCUACUCUUCCAAAUACCGUAACAUCGUUUAAUGAUAAUGAAGUAAAUCAAAUAGAAUCCGAGGACGAAGAUGAAGGUAUAGGUCCAUUGCCAGUCAAUCACCCAGCGUUAGAAAGUAACUAUGUACAAAGACAAUUGGAACAACGAGCGCAGCUAAUUAAAAAUGAACAGAAGAAUGAGGAUUGUAGUAUGGUGAAUCAACGGGAAGAAUGGAUGAUCGAGUUACCUCCGACUCAGAUGGAUAAUCUAGGAUUAACAUCACGAAAAUUUCGAAUGAGAGCAGGUCCAGAUAUGUCUGAUAGAUCAUGCUGGACAGAUACUCCAGCAAAGAAGGCCGAGAAAAGAAAACAGCGAGAAGAACAAAAACUACACAAUGUUCAAACAUCAGUUCGAGAUUUGUUUGAGGAAAGUGAUAAAACUGAAUGUAGGAAAAGUAAGAAACGUGAGAAAUCGCUUUUAGAAAUACAUCGAAACCAGCUACAAAAGGAAAAACGGAAAGAAGAAAAAGAGGCAAAAUCAACCGGGCAGGCAAUUAGAAGACCAUUUGACAGAGAUAUCGAUUUAACAGUUAAUCGAUUCGAUCAAUCUCAGAAGAAUGCUAUCAUACAUAAAGCACAAUAUUUAGACGAAAGAUUUUCUCGUGGGAAGCUUUAA